CCUACCAAAAUGAAAUAAUAAUUUAUUUUUUUUCUUCUUUCUUAUAAAUAGCUGGGGUGCUGAUUCCGCUGAGAAGACUAUAUAAAGCCAUUAGGAACAUUCCUCGCCUUGGUACUCCUAGAUUCCAUGCUAAUUAUGCUCGUAACUUCAGCUCAAGGAAUGUAUCAUUAUCCUUACUUGUUAGACCCUGAUGACUUCGAUCAAAAUAAUAUCGAUGAAGUAAGCAAAAUCAAUAAAAUAAGGCAGGAUUUUAACAAUCCAACUUUCCCUUUGUUGUAUCCCAAAUAUGAUGUUAAUGUAAAGAAUACGAUGAAAAGAAAUUGGAACGAUUUGGAGAUGAAGAAAAUGGCGCUUGGAAAGCACCCUGAUAAAAUAACAACUAAGCGUAAAGUGACGUGUGUAGAAAAUUUUGAUUUAGGAGCUUUGAACGACAUGAAGAAAGUAGAAAUCAGAAAGGAAUUGAUAGAAUCCAGUAAGUUGAGAUUCGUGAAAAUGGCUAAAACAGCAUCUGCAUUGUACAAGAACAUGAUCGAAAUACUAUCAAUAGAGGAUUCGAUGUUAGACCUCCUCAACUUCAAUGACCUAGAUCUUGUGAUCAGAAAACCAAUGAUAUCUAUCUUCAACGAUAAAAACACGAAAACAAAUCACCUAAAUGAGAUGAUUGAAAAGUUAUCCGUGUAUUCUCACUUGUUCGAAUUCAUUAUCAACGAAAAACUCGAGGUCGAGCCGGUUAUCCAGCAAUUCCACAAACUGAAUUUCAACCUCAGGCACGUAAUUUGCAACUUAAAAAUUCUAUUGUUGGCGGAAAAGGAGCCAGUCAACGAGGAAGAUAUCAACGUGGUCAAACUGAAUGAAUUGAAGGAUGAUAGUCAAAAAUACAUGAGAAAUAUCUUGAUCUUGCGGCACUUUAAUAAUUUCUUGGCCAAAAAUGGUCGGAUGGAGAUUUACAACUAAUCGAGUUGAAGGAGAAGCGUCAUUUGAUAUUUUUCAAAUAUAAUAUAUAAUUUUUUAAUUUUUUAUUUAAAAAAAAAAUAAAUAUAAAUUAUAAAU